AUGACAUCUACGCAAUACGACGAAAAAAUGAAAUUACUGUUAAAUGAAGAAAAUACGUACAAGAAACUUAAUACUGAUCCUACAAAUGUUCUACAAAAAAAGAAUAACGACAUUAUUAAGCAAUGGGAGGAAAAAACUUACAUUUCCCCUAAUACAGCUAAAGCUUUAAAAAUAUUAAAUGCCCAGCCACCAAAAAUAUAUGGCCUACCAAAACUCCAUAAAGCAGGUAUACCUAUGCGACCAAUUGUUUCUUGUGUACAGUCACCUCUACAUAAACUGUCCAAGUUUUUAAAAGAUAUCCUUCAAAAAGUAACUGGUACUACAAAUUCAUAUAUUAAAGACUCAUGGGAUUUCAAAAACAAAAUUAAAGAUGUACAACUUCCGAGCAAUUAUACAUUAAUAUCUUUAGACGUCGUUUCUCUCUACACAAAUAUACCAAUUAAAUUGGCACUAGAUAUUGUCGAAAAAAGAUGGAAUGAAAUUGAAGAAUUUACAGAUAUUCCUAUACAAGAUUUUAAACAAGCAGUAGAAUUAUGUCUUACCUCCACUUAUUUUAUGUACGAACAACAAGUGUACAAACAAAUCGAAGGGUGUGCAAUGGGCUCGCCAAUCUCAAGCGUUAUUGCACAAAUGGUUCUAGAAGAUCUAGAAGACUCAAUAAUACCAAAUCUUAAUUUUUCUAUUCCGUUUUAUUAUCGGUAUGUUGAUGACGUUAUUACUGCAGUACCAAAUGAUAAAUGCAACUCUAUACUAACGUCCUUCAAUAGUUAUAACCAUAAACUACAAUUCACUAUCGAGAAAGAGACAGAUAACAAAAUCAACUUUCUCGAUAUGACAUUACAUCACAGUGAUAAUAAAGUUUUAACAGAAUGGUAUACAAAAAAUACAUGGUCCGGCAGAUACUUAAAUUUCCACUCUCAACAUCACAUAUCCCAAAAAAAAUCUGUGGUUAUUGGCUUGACAGACCGAGCUUUAAUCCUUAGUGAUCCUCCAUACAGAUUAAAUGCCUUAAAAAAAAUCAAAGAAGUUUUAAUGAAGAAUAGCUAUCCGGAAAAAUUAAUAAAUGGUAUCAUAAAAUCUAGGAAAAAAAACUAUUAG